AUGGAUGAACUCUGUAACGCAUUGGAACGUGAAGCUCAAUUUGAAAAUGAAAUGGAAAAUGAUGAAUUUAUAUUACCUGGUGAAACAAAUAAAGAAGUUGGUUUAGCUACUUUAAAAACAAUUGAAAGUCUUAAAGGUGCAGAAAGUAUUAUUGAAGCACUUGAUAUUUGGCGUGAAGAAAAAUUAAAACUUGCUGAACAUGAAGCAACACAAAAAGCAUUAGGAAAAGAAAUGCCUUCACCACCACGUCAUAUUAUGUUACAAGCAUUAGGAAGUGGUUAUACAGCUGAACGUUUUGUACUUGAAUCAUUAAGAAAAAUUUCAGCAAGUGAUUUGGAAGUAACACUUCUUCUUCUACCAUUUGAUUAUAAUUAUGUGUUAAAUGUGCUAUAUUUUUUUUUGAUCAAAAUUCAUCAUGGUGUAUUAACAUCAUCUCAUCAAUAUUUAAAUAUUGUUGAACAAUUACGAACACGUUGUAUGGAUACAGUAGAAAAAUUACGAAAUAAUGUUGGAUUUAAUCUUGCUGGUUUAAAAUUAAUUCGACGUCAAAUUGAAGAACAAAAUGAUGUUAUUCUUUUUGCUGAUGCAACACAAAAAUUAACAUCAAAUGAAGCAAAAAAACGUAAAAAAAGGAAAAUCAUCAGCUGCUAUUUUGACUAUUAA